ACCACGGUUAAUGGAGGUCGUGUAGGUGAACAGCAGAGUCUCAGUCGGUUAAACAGAGGACGAGUUCCACACAACGCUCAGAGAGAAGCGAACUGCACCGACCUGGAGUCAGGUGUAAGAGGGAGAUUAAAGAUACCAGCUAGCCGGUGCUAGCUAACACAGGGGCUAGGCUUAACUGUCAGGUGCUCCAGGAAGUGAACGGUGUCUUAAAACAAGGUUAUCAAAGAGCUCAUCUUCAUUCAGACCACGGUCACAGCAUCUCCCUCAGCCGAGAAGAGACGCUGACGAGCGGGGAUGGACUUCCUGGCAGGAUGCGUCGGAGGUGCUGCUGGAGUCUUGGUUGGACACCCAUUCGACACAGUUAAGGUGAGACUGCAGGUCCAGAGUAUUGAUAGGCCACUGUACCGCGGGACCUACCACUGUUUCCAGUCCAUUAUCCGGCAGGAGUCGCUGUUGGGAUUGUACAAAGGCAUUGGCUCCCCCAUGAUGGGCCUGACGUUCAUCAACGCUAUAGUGUUUGGUGUUCAGGGAAACACCAUGCGUCGCCUGGGACACGACACCCCGAUGAACCAGUUCCUUGCUGGUGCAGCGGCAGGUGCCAUCCAGAGCGUCAUCUGCUGCCCCAUGGAGCUGGCUAAGACACGCAUGCAAAUGCAGGGAACCGGAGAGAAGAAACCAUCCAGGAAGUUGUACAAGAACUCCCUGGACUGCUUGGUACGCAUCUACAAGCGUGAGGGUUUCAGGGGGGUGAACAGAGGCAUGGUGACCACGCUCGUCCGAGAAACACCCGGCUUCGGAGUGUAUUUCCUGGCCUACGAUGUGCUGACGCGUCGCCUCGGCUGUGAGCCCAACGACCGCUUCAUGAUCCCCAAGCUGCUGUUUUGCGGGGGCAUGGCUGGCAUCGCCUCCUGGCUCUCCACUUAUCCCGUGGAUGUGAUCAAGUCGCGGCUCCAGGCCGAUGGGGUGGGUGGAGUAAACCAGUACAGCGGCAUCGCUGACUGUGUGCGACAGAGUGUGAGGAGAGAGGGCUACAUGGUGUUCACGCGGGGCCUCACCUCCACGCUGCUGAGAGCCUUCCCUGUGAACGCGGCCACCUUUGCUACGGUCACCCUCAUUCUCAUGUACGCUCGGGGGGAGGAAGCACGACCACAGGACUGUGAGCUAGCUCAGCCAAGCCACCACGGACAGAUACAGCCGCAGGCCCAACCCACCAGCCUGUGAGCGCACACAGAUCCUCAACCUGGGCACUUUACAGGAGCAUGGAAAGACAAAACGAUACCUUUGCCAGCCAUUCAUUCCCACAAGUCAUUUAUAUAAAACGCUUGUUUUUACUCCAUGACACAAAGGAAACAAAGGAAAUAAACAUAUUUAUUUUUAGGUAUAAUUUAAGUUUAGGUUUGCCAAGGAAAUUGCAAACUUGUAAAGGGGACGGUGUUGCCUCUAUUAACAUGAGGAUAAUUGAGAUAUGUAACAUGAGAUUUGUAAAAAGCUUUCAACAGCAGCUGCUCUUUCCACUGACUUUGACUUGUUACUGGCUGGGUAGUGUGUACAGUGUAGACACUGGCAGUCUAUAUCUUGAUUGAAUAUAUAUUCUAAUGAGCAGUGUUUAACUGCACCUGUAUAUAAUGCUGAUUUGAAUUUGUUUCUUUUUUUUUUAAAUAUAAACUGGAAACAAAUUUUCCUGCCUUAUAAUAUCAAAACUUUUAUUUUGUGCAAAGGCGCAGAAGCACCUGUUUGCAUCAGAGCUUUUUCCUCUCAAGAGCCGAGCAAGAAAGAUGGAAUGUAGCAUGCGACGUGAGGAGCAGACCUCACCGCUUCUGUCGGCUUUCAAACCAAAAAGCAAUACUGCAGCUAACGCACUGUAAGUCCGCACAGCACAUGAAUGCCCCUUGUGGACAAAGAUCAACUGGUCUGAAGGGCUGUUCAAGGGCAAAGUGUCUGCGUGGGAAUCAGACCUGUGGGUGGCGGUACGUUUGUGUCUCGUUUGGCAUGUUGUGUUAUUUUUCUCCAAAUAAUGUGAGGUUUUAUCUUUGUAACUUAACUGCUGUAUUAAAGACCUAUUCCAGAAGUAGAACAUGACGCGUCACGUGGCACCGCACUUCACAUUAUUUUUUUAUUUUACUUGUUUGUUGUAAAUCUUACAACGAAAAAAGAGCUUUGAGUAUGUUUUAAAGCAGCACGUGAUGCGUUUUUUCAAGGUCAUGCUAGGAGUUUUGUUGUUUUGAAUUAUUUAAAAGGUUUAAGGGGCUAACAAAUGUUCCAGUAUUUAUUAUGACCCUCAUUUAUUUAACUCGUGGGGCUUAGGGCUGGGGUUAAAGUUACUGUGUCAUUUCGGUUUAUUAUUAACCCCAGCAUGAGAACAUCUAUAUCUCUCAAAUGGUGCAGGAAACAUUUUUAAUUAUCGUUAUUUAUCUGAGACAAAAUGCCUAAAUUACAGUUUGUGUCCCUGUGGAAGAUUAUUAUUUUAAUUGACAUGAUUACUUUGUGUACCAAUCAUUGAUAUACUGUAUGAAACCUGUCUUGAUUGGGGCUUUAAUGAGAGUAUUUAUUUGUUGAAGUUACAAUAUUAGCUAUAUACAGCUAUUAUUUAUGAGUGGGAAUUGUCUGCUUUCUGCAUGUGCGUGGUCAGUACCUGAUCUGUAUUUUUCCGCCUGAAUGUUUCCUGUUGUAAAGCAAUCAAGAGUCAUAGGUAAUUUCCCAUCAGGGCAGUGAAUCAUCAGCUUAUCUGAUAACCUGCUCCCUCGGAAGUUGCAAAAAUGGAGUAUACGACUUGACAGAUCAGGAAGUCACACCAGCCUUCAGUGUGUGGAAUGUAAAGCCGGUUUUACCUCCGUGGUGCUCUGAAUGAAACUCCAUGCAGUCGGAGGAGAAAGCGUUUUCUAUGAAUCCCGUCGUUUGAAUUUAAACAUUACUGGAUUGAAUUGUUCAGUGCUGCUCAGACACAUGAAAUACUCCGUGGGAUGAGGGUGGAGAAAAAUGCAAAGGGAUGUUGUUUAAGUAAAAGUCGAUUGUCAUUAUUUCCACCUCAUGAAAAGUGACUGUCAGACGGGGUUUGAAUAUCCAUUUCUGUAAAUGCAAUUCAACGGCUAAUAUGAAAUCCAGCUCAUGUGAAAGAUGCAAUAUGUACAGGAUGUAACUGUAAUCAUGUGAGAUUGUUUUGAAGUGACUGGUAAUGUAAAUAUAUAUAUAUAUAAAUAUAUAUAUAUAUAUAUAGACAUAUAUAACAUAUUUUUUUUAAAUUAGUUGUGUGGUCCCUGGAUGUCUGAGUUUGAACAGGUUUUUCAAGUCUCUAUUUGAUCAGUUUGAGUUUGCUGCUACGCUUAAGGCGUUUUGACAGAAGAGCUGCGACAUGAUAUUUUUGUAACAUAGAUAUAUACAUAACCUGCUUGUCUCGAUUUGUCACUGAGGAUCUGUACAAAUGGGUAAAUAAAAAGGAUUCUGCAGAU